AUGGCAUCCACCAUCGAAGCACGUCUGCAAGGCCUAGGCGAUCUGGAACUGGCUCUCCUGGUGUCUAUGAUCGCAGAGGAGCACUGCAUUGUGUCCACCAACACCGCCACAACGACGAGUCUCUCGCAGGAGUUGAGCUUCACAUGUGCCCAAACCUUUGGCGUCAAGCCCGUGGUGAUAGAAUGCUCUCCAGAGACCACAGUCGACGACUUCACCAAUUCAAUGCUCAUCGAUCUGGAUGAGCUGAAAGACAAUAUUCCAGGCGUCCGAGACGGCAUGGACAGGCCGACCUUCUCUGUCGAUUUCUCGCCUUCACGAGAACGAAGCCCAGGACGUUUCGGUAGCUUCGCGGGCGACAGACUGGAAAACAAGCACAUUGCAGAUGUCAUCAUUGCUUCUGGUCUGGACACGGCCCACGACGCUGUACAGCUCCAGGCAUUGGAGCUCCUUCGCUCGAAGCGCAUCUUCACGAGAUCUGCUAUGCACGUGGCACCGAAAGACAUGCUUUUCAUAGCUGUACUCUCUCGCCCACAGGCGAAGCUAUGCCGACAUUUCAACGAUGUUUUCGCCAUGUCGCAUAUUCACGACGAUGAGGACGGUCAUCCACACUUUGAUAGUCAAAGUGGCAAGGCAUUAUCAUCGGCAUUCUUCUUGGAAGACGUCAAAGUACUCAGACAGCAAAUGGAGAACGUCUUCUUGACUGCCGAGAUGGCACAAUAUCUACACAACGUAGUGGUGUUCAUGCGGAACAGCCGCUACAUCAAAGGUGGCGUCACAGCAACAGCCACUCGUCAAAUGCGAAGCAUAAGCAGAGCGCUGGCACCGCUUCACGGCAUCGAUUAUGUCCCGCCAUCACUUGUGGCACUGGCAGCUCGCAAGAUCUAUCCUCAUCGUCUGGUGCUCGCCACCCACGAAAACGAGAAGAGUCUGCUGUGGGGGAGUGACCCUCGAGCCGUGAAGGAACUGCUUGAAGGUGUCACCGUGGAAGACGCUAUUGAGGCUGUGCUGGCCAGCAUCGAGGCACCGCUGUGA